AUGUUCAUACGUAUAAAAAGUGCUUAUGAAAAAUUUAAAAUCGAUCAAUUAAAUCCAGGUGAUAUUAUCCUUUCAACGAAUUUAGCUGGACGAGGAACUGAUUUAGAUACGUCGGAGAAAUUAGAAGAAAAUGGUGGUUUACAUGUUAUUACAGCUUAUUUACCAACAAAUAUACAGAUUGAAAUGCAAGCAUUUGGUCGGACAGCGAGAAAAGGUAAUAAAGGUACAGGAAAAUAUAUUAUUCAAAACCAAUAUGGUUUAUCGAUUGAAAAAUUAAAACAGAUACGAAACAUGCUCGAAAGUGAACGAUUAAAUCUGUUUUUAAUUAAUGAUUUAUCUAAAAUCAAAAUUGAAGAAGAUUUAUUGUAUUAA